AUGAACGGAAGUGGUAAUUCAGGCAAUAUUUCAAACAGAGCUGCCACAGCUUCUGUCAGUUGUAGAGACAGUUUAAUUUCCGUCACUAGAAAAAAACCCACUUCUUCAUCAGGAAGAAGACUUGGAUCACAAUCACGAGAGGGGUUUUAUGGUUCUACCAGUAAUGGAUCAAGCGGGUCCAGCAUUAGCUCAACCACCACUGCUGACUCGUAUUCACCUCAGGAUUUAGAAUCAACCGUUACAAGAACAUUAUCAUCCACACGAUCCAAGGCGUCCAUUGAUUAUGAUGCUCAUGCAUCAACUAAUCAUGUCUCAUUACCAGAUAUCGGAAUGAGUAGAUCAAAAUUUGAAAAAGACAAGAAACAGCAAUUACUUUUAAAAGACGAUCAAGAAUUUAUUGAAAAAUUAAAAUUAAAAGUUGAGGAACAACAACUUGAAAUUGAGAAAAGUAAUGGAUCAUUAGAACAGAUUCAACGAAACUUUGAACAAUUGUCAGCCAUGUAUAAGAAUGAAAAAUCCAAAUCAGAAAUUCUUCGAUUAGAAAACGAGAGAUUAAAAGAGGAAAGCGCAUCACUAAGAGUAAACAUUAAUUCCACAGUAUCAAAGGUUGCCUACCAAGAAGUGGAACAAAAAUUAAAUCAAUUAUUUACAGAACUGAAAGAAAAAGAAGAAACCAAAUCUGAGCUCGAAAAAGAAAACACCACUCUUAAAGCUAAUCUUUUUGAUUUGAAUGUAAAGAUUAAAAAUAUGAUUCAGGAAUUAGAUAGUUCACGAAGAGAAAUUGAUCAUCAGGGAGUUGAAUUUAAAAAGCAGUCAGAAAUACUCAAACAAGAGGCCAAAACUUUGAAUGAUCAGUUAUCGAGUCAAAAGAUUGAAUUGGAAGAUAAAAAAACGGAAAUCGUUCGACUUGAAGCACGACUCAAAGAUAAAGAAAGAAAUAUUUCUGCUCUUCAACAAACCUUGUCCAAAAAGGAUGCUGAAGCUCAAGAAUACAGAGAAAAAUUACAUGCUUUAGAAAAGAAUCAAGAAGCAACAAAUUCUCGCUUGAAAGAAAAAUUAAUACAAAAUGAAGAUUAUGAAACCAAUGUAAGACAAUUGGAUGCCAAGAAUAAGGAGAAUAUUCGAUACAUUAAUGAUUUGAAAAAUCAAAUUUCUGAAAUGAAAACACAAUUGAGAGAUAAGGAUUACUCUGAGAAGGAGUCACAACAGCAGGUUAGAAAUUUAUUAGAUGAAAUUGAAAAUUAUGUGUCGUUGGUUAAGAAAUUAGAAGAAGAAGUUUCCAUUCUUAGAAACGAUCGAAAAGAGUUGGUACUUGAAAAGCAAAUUAAGGAUCUCACCAUGCAAAAUUCUGAUUUGUUGAAACAGAUUGAAAUUAUUUCCUCACACAAGAAAAAGUUGGAAGGUGUAUCUAACGAGAAGGAAAAAUUGGUUCAAUUAGUAACAACAUUGCAACAUGAAAAUGCUGAACUGACGUUGCAAGUUGAAACUCUCUCUAGAAAAGAUCAAGAUGAAGCUCAUAUCUAUUCCGAGCUAAUGAAAGUGAGAGAAGACAAUGAGGAAUUAUCACAAAAGCUAGAGGAAGCCACACAAAAACUUUCCCAAGUGGAAUCUGCAAUGAAUUUGAGUGAAAUUCAAGUUCGCGACUUGGAGAGUCUACUCAAGUUUAAAGACGAGUCCAUUGAAAUUCUCAAUACCAAAAUCAAUCAAAAGGAAAAGGAAUUACGUGAAAAAGAUCAAACGUAUAAGAAAGACGUUGAAAAAGAGAGGGCUAUUUGGAAAGAACUCACUCUCACCAAUACUCAACUUGAAUCCACCAUUUCCAAUUUACAUUCCGAUAUUCAAAAAAUACAAAAAGAAAUGAACGACAAUAAGGAACACUAUGAAAAACAAAUCAAAAAAGAGCAACUCAUGAUGGAUCAUGUUCAUAAGAAUCAAAAAUACCUUCAAGCUACCAUUGAAAAGUUAAUCAAAGCUGAAGAAACGACUGUGAGUUCUCUGACCUGUACUCAUUGCUUUCAAUUGUUUGAAGAUCCUUGUCUCUUAGUGCCAUGCAGUCAUACCUACUGCUCGCAUUGUUGGAACGCCUUACAAGAAGAGAAUGAAUCGUGUGUUCCAUAUUGCCCAGAGUGCAAUGAAAGUGUGAAUGCCUCCGUGAGAGUGGGUGUAUUGGAUGGAUUAGCCAAGAAGUCUGCCUAUCGAAAAGAACAACUUCAAAGUGUCUACGAGUCAGUGAAGAAGUUUUUCUCCAUUCAGUAG